AACAAAUCACCAACAAAGCUAUCGGCGGCUAAAUUAAUACUACUUUUGUUUAUCUUUUGUAUUCCUUGCGCUUCAAACAUGGUUGAAAAGGUGUUUAGAUUGGACUCAGGUUAUCAGAACUACGACUGGGGGAAGUUGGGAUCGUCAUCAGCUGUUGCACAGUUUGCGCGCAACUCUAACGCCAGCGUUGUUGUUGAUGAAUCGAAGCCUUAUGCUGAGUUGUGGAUGGGAACGCAUCCAAAGGUGCCAUCGAAGAGACUGUCAGACGAAACGUCCUUGAGAGAGGUUAUCGCGUCAGACCCAAAGGAACUGUUGGGGGACGCUAUCAUUUCAAAGUACAGCUCGACCAAUGAGUUGCCGUUCUUGUUCAAAGUGUUGUCCAUUAGAAAGGUUUUGAGUAUCCAGGCUCAUCCGGAUAAGUCAUUGGCCAAAGUGCUCCAUGCCAACGAUCCAAAAAACUAUCCGGAUGAUAACCAUAAGCCAGAGAUGGCGAUCGCAGUCACCCCAUUUGAAGGCUUCUGCGGGUUCAAACCUUUGGAAGAAAUUGCAGAUGAGUUGCAGAAGAUUCCAGAGUUGAUCAACAUCGUUGGCGAGGAUGUUGCGUCCAAAUUCGUCAACGGUAUUGUAACUGAUGCAAAGCUCGGUUCUCAAGAGGACAAGACAAACAGAGAGCUGUUACAAGCAGUUUUCGGUAAAAUUAUGAACGCCUCAGAUGACCAAAUCGCUAAAGAGUCAGUGUCUUUGGUUGAAAGGGCCAAAUCUUCACCACAAUUGUUCAAUAAACCGGAGCUACCAGAUUUAAUUCUGAGAAUGAACGAACAGUUCCCUAAGGAUGUUGGCUUGUUCUGUGGCUGUUUGUUGUUGAACCACUGUCAAUUGAACGCUGGUGAGGCAAUGUUCCUUCAAGCUAAGGACCCGCAUGCAUACAUCUCUGGUGAUAUCAUUGAAUGUAUGGCCGCAUCUGAUAACGUCGUGAGAGCAGGCUUCACACCAAAGUUUAAAGACGUUAAGAAUUUGGUUGAAAUGUUGACGUAUUCGUACGAUGACGUUGAGAAGCAGAAAAUGGUUGCCCAAACGUUUGAGAGAUCCUCUGGAGAUGGUGAAUCCAAAUUGUUCAACCCUCCAAUUGAAGAAUUUGCCGUCUUGCAGACAACCUUCAACACAUCUACCGGUGUUCGGAAAUUCAGUGGCUUUGAAGGUCCAAGUAUUCUUAUCGUUACAAAGGGUAAAGGUUUAAUCAAGUUCCAAGGUAAAGAAUUGGAUGCAGAGCCAGGAUUUAACUACUUCAUCGCACCAAAUGUCGAAAUUGAACUUGCCACCAAUGACAAGGACUUUACAUCUUAUAGAGCAUUUGCAGAGGUUGAAUGAUUUGAGUUUCUCUACUAGUUCUUUCUCUCUCUUUAGAUGAUUUUUAUACUAGACUAAUGUGCAACAAUAUUAUUUUUCUUCUUCCAUUUGGUAAUUCUUCUCUUCAAAUCACCAGCACUUUGUUGAUAUAUGUUCAGCUUCUUAUCCCAUUUCAUCUUUUCAUAGUCAUCACCAUGUUUCUCGUAGAGUGCCUGAAUCCAUGCUGAUUCACGAUCACUUUGAAUUCUUUCAAUUUUUGUAACUCCACAUUUGGCAUAAUGUUCCAACUGC